AUGGUUGGAAUCGACCUCGAAGAAUGGGUUCGCACCCGUGCUUCACGAGUCAGGGAUCCCUCAAAACGAACACCAGACCGCUCGACCUACUUCAACGAUGGCGACAACGUCGAAAGACAACUCCAACAAGACAACCACAAGAUCUGGGGCUGGGUCAUCUACCGCUGCACCUAUGCCAGCGACGACGACUGGAAUGAGUUUAUGAGACGCCUUGACUUCUGGAUACGCAAGGACUUAGCAAACGACGGAGGACUGGAUAUGCUGGGCAGUCUUGACCAUCACGUUUUCGACGACAAAGAGCUUUUCGAUGGAGCACAUCCCUCUGUUGUUCGCGAGCACUUCCGCACCUGGUGCAUCACUGCUCCGCAACAAGAACAAAGUUUCCCGCACGCAAUGCAAUCGCAACGCUACAACUACUGCAUUCACGUCGACCAAGUUUCCCUCGAUUCAAUUCUCGCUGCACCAGCACCUCCCGACUACGAUAUCUCCCACAAACCAGGUUUUGUGGAUUUGGUCUGCUUGAAUACGCAAGGUGGAAUGAGACCUGAGCAUAUGGAUGGCCGUGACGAAAAGGAUCUUUGCUGGAUGCGUAUUGGUUAUACGAGUCUUAUGUGCACUUGGUAUAGUCGAUUCCGCGGACAGGGGAGUUGGUUGACGGAGUAUAGGGUUCCGCCGGAGGUUGGACGGCCUUGA